AAGAAAUCGCAGCUAAGAUGUCGUAAGAUUUGUGCUGAAAGCUACGACUGGGUAAGACCACUCUUAGCGUUCGUAAAUUGUACUAAACAUGGCCGCCGCACGUGCUUUAGACGAUGGUUAACCAAGAGAGAUGAGACCACUCUUAGCGUUCUUAUUAUGGCGGCCAUAGGAGCGUUAGACGUCGCACGACCGAGAGAAAGGAGGCUGUUUCGACAAAGAAAGGGGUUCAGUGAUCUUAGAGACGCUGAAAUAUUGAGUCGCUAUCGAUUAGAUCGACAAUCCAUUUAUCGGCUUGUCGAUUUGUUAAGGGACGAUCUACAAAAACCGACGAGAAGAUCGAAGUCCAUACCUGUCCUAACGCAGGUGCUUGUGAGUCUAAGGUACUUGGCGAAAGGUGAUUUUCUGUCUGAGGUUGCUGACCUUCAUGGAAUUAGCAGGUUCAUUGACAUUGUGUCGAAAUGGCCUGGGUCUACGCAUGAUGCCUCUGCCUUUGACAGCUGUGGGUUGAAGACCUUUCUGGAAGAACACCACCAAGGGCACUUGCUGGGCGACUCGGGCUAUCCCUUGAAAAAAUAUCUGUUGACGCCAUUACUUAGACCUACAACAGAUGCAGAGUUACGAUACAACUAUGCCCAGUCAAGUGGGCGGAUGGUGGUGGAGAGGGCUUUUGGAGUUCUCAAGAGUAGAUUUAGAUGUCUACAUAAAACUGGAGGAUGCUUAUACAUGCGGCCAGACAAAUGCUGCCAAGUAGUUGCAGCAUGUAUGCGUCUUCACAACUUGUGUGUCGAUCUGCAAGUGCCACUGCCUGAAGAACCUAUUGAGGAGGCUGAUGAUGUUGAUCACGCUGCCCAACAAGUUCAACAUGACCGUCAUGCAUCAGCAUACAGACAGCAAAUUAUUCACUUAUUUAUGUAGCUGCUGUUCAAAGUUCACAUGCUUAUUUGGUCUUUGUCGGCUCAGGUUCUACUAAAAAGUACCCCUGGUACUCAUGUGUAUACUAAUAUGUAGCCCAGAUAUGGAAAAUACGCUUAAAGGCACCCCACCAUAUUCAGGGGUACUUUUUAGUUUGUUUUCUGUACCUGGGGUAUUUUGUAGUAUACUUAAGAGUACCCAGGGUACUUUAAAGUAGUACCUGAGCCGACAAUCACCAAUCAACCUCACAUGUAC